AACACUCUGAUAACAACAGUUCCGAGAGCACCUGAUCUCGACCAAACGUGCUCUCGCUCUUCUCCAGAAGAUCUCAUCAACUCGUGCGAUACGUUACGUGUGCUCGUUCAUCUGUUUAUCUCCCUUUCGUCUUCUCAAAGAAAAAAUAAAAGUAAAAUAUACAAACAACGAAAUAAAAGUAGACAGUGUGAGAGAAUGAAAGAGAGGAGAGCAGCAAUUUCGCAAUAAGAAACGCGCGUUCCAAUUUCGCCUGCUGCUGCUGCUGUCCAGGAUAUUGUAAUUUAAAAAUAUUGAAUGCAAUUAGUGCACUGCUCCACUAAACUGAAUUGUGACUUAAAACAUUUUCGGUUUCCGGACAACACCUAACCCUCAGCGUUUCGAACAAUCCGCGAUACAAAUAGUUCAACGACGUUUCAGUUUGUUUGUUCUUCAUGUAACGUACUUUCCCACUUUGGUUGUAAAAAAUGAGGAAAAAGUGUCCAUUAAGACGUAAGAUGUACGAGAGCUCGUGUUCGUAUCAGGGAGCCCUGGAGCUGAAGAGAGGCUCCGGAGGUGGAGGUGCCACAGCCACGUGUCCUCUGGGUAUCAAAAGCGAAGAAUUCACGACGUCGGAUUGGCCCGCAUAUCGAUUCUGUAAUCCGAGCACCUUCGAACAGCUCAAACAGAGUGUCGAAAAGGCGAAAGCCGCUCUCCAGGAUAGGAGCGGAUUUCUGGGCGCAGGAAGCGCGUUUAGUGAUCUCUAUAGCGGAGUUUCGAGCACAGGAAGGACACAGGACUCCAUCCAGGACACCAACCGGCUCCGGGACACAAGCGAAGUCGACUUGAAACGAACGUCACAAAGUAUCGAAAGAUCAGAGAAAUCUAGCCACACACAUCUAUCAUCGCCUAAGUCGUACAACAGCAUUUCUGAGAGCCUCAGCAGAACGAAGU